UGAUCGUCAACCUGCUAACCCGCACCUUGCGCCUUCCUUCCUGUAUCUGUAUCCGCACGCUCAUUCACUAUCCGUACCUUGCCGUCAUUCUCUGCUUUUGGCUCGCCUCCGCUUAAACCCUGAAAAUGCUCCCCCUCCUCGUGUUCUUUUCAUCUUGACUUUCGGCUCGUUUCGACCUUGUUUAUCACUCCUCACUCACUCACUCCUCUUCCUCCUCCUCCUCCUCCUCCUCCUCCUCCUUCUCCUACUCCGCCCCGCAUUCUUCCCUACCGAUUCCCUCUUACUUAUCCUGUUGUCUCCUCUCGUCACCUAUCGAUACCCUUUUCCUUGUAAUUACCUUCGCUUUGGGAAUCGGGUUGUCGUCACACCGAGGACAUCGCAAACGUACACGCGCCCACCUAUUGUAGAACCAAACACCGUCGUUUCCUUGGCUCUACCCGACCUUAUUUUUCUUACCACUCGAGUCCCACGACAAUAACAAUUGGUUCCCUACACUGCCUACAACCAGAGUCGGAUUUGAUAUCCACUCACCAGUGCGUUUAAUAGACCGCAAUCCUACAGCGAGUGGUCUGUCCGACCUGGAACAGUCUCCGUUGUACGGCCAGCAUUCCACCUGCUCCCUCGAUUAGGCACGACAGACCCCGUACAUAUUCCGCCUCGUCGGCAUGCCGGGACCUCUCUCGCCGCGCCAUUCGGGAUUUAUGCCUAUAAACAACUCUCAGUCCAACGACAUGCCUGACAGCGACAUCCCCCUGACCCAGGUCAGGAGCGCCGCCUCGACUGGCGCACGAAAGGCCACCAUGAACACCUCCAGCGAGGAUACAGGCUCCGGCACGAAUGAGAAGCAUGGCAUCUUUCACCACCACAACAAUAACAACAAGGGCGGCCGCCGCAAGAAGCACGGCGAGCUAGGCCGCAAAGGGACCGGUGGAUCUGACGAUGUCAAGGUCAACGCCAUGGGCAGAUUCUACAACAAGAUCACCGGCGCCUCUGUUGUCACCCGCUAUCUGGUCUACAUCAUCCCCAUCGGCAUUCUUCUCGCCAUCCCCUUGAUUGUCCUUCCCAUUACCGGCCACCGGAAGGAUGUCCUCGUGGGAGGGACCAAGGGCAAGCCGCUGUUCGAUCUGUUUCUGUGGAUCGAAAUCGCCUGGCUCACUCUCUGGGCUGGCAAAUGCGUCGCCUGGGUCCUCCCGCACGCCUUCAUGUUCUUCUGCGGAGUCGUCAGUUCUGGCACACGCAAGUAUGCUACCGUCCUCUCCAACCUGCAGAUCGCCCUCUCGCUGUUCUUCUGGGCCCUUGCUUCCUGGCAGUCCUUCCAGGCUCUCUUCAAGGCCCCCAACGAAGCCGACCAGGCCUCGUGGAUCACCACCAUGAUUCGCCUCUUGGGCGCUACCUUCAUCUCGUCUGCUGUCUACCUCGGUGAGAAGGCAAUUGUCCAGCUCAUUGGUAUUUCUUACCACCAGCGUUCCUUCGCUCUGCGUAUCAAGGAAUCCAAGCGCGAGGUUCGCCUCCUCGGUCUGCUCUACGACGCGUCGCGCACCCUCUUCCCUAUGUACUGCCCCGAGUUCGAAGACGAGGACUACAUCAUCAACGAUAGUCUCGACCUGAUUUUGUCCAAGGCGGCCAAGGGCGGCAAGGGCGGCGCUGGCUCUGCCACCCCUCUCCGACUCGUCGGUGAUAUUGGCCGUAUGGGAGACAAGAUCACGGGCGUCUUCGGUAACAUCGCAUCGGAAAUCACUGGAAAGCAAGUCUUCAACCCCAACUCGGCUCACUCUAUCGUCAUCGAGGCUCUGGAGAAAACCAAGCCUUCCGAAGCUCUCGCCCGCCGCAUCUGGAUGUCAUUCGUCGUCGAAGGAAAGGACUCGCUGUACCCCGAUGACUUCCAGGAAGUGCUGGGACCCGCCUACUCGGAGGAAGCCGAAGAGUCUUUUGGCAUGAUUGACAACGACAUGAACGGCGACAUCAGUCUGGAGGAGAUGACUCGCAAGGUGGUGGAGAUCGGCAGGGAACGCAAGGCUAUCACCGAAGGCAUGAAGGACAUCGGUCAGGCACUCCGCGUGUUUGAUAAGGUCCUGAUGUUCGUUGUUCUCCUGAUCGUCGUCUUCAUCUUCCUGGCCUGGUUCCAGUCCAGCUUCCUGACAACCGUCGCUACCGCCGGAACCGCCCUCCUGUCUCUCUCUUUCGUCUUCGCCGUUACCACCCAGGAAUUCCUCGGCUCCUGCAUAUUCCUUUUCGUCAAACAUCCCUAUGACGUCGGUGACAGAGUUGACAUCGUUGGUUCCGAGAAGCAGCAACUCAUCGUGGACAAGAUUUCUCUCCUGUACACCGUCUUCACCCGCAUCGACAAGAUGCAGGUGGUACAGGUCCCCAACAUUACGCUCAACAACCUUUGGAUUGAGAACGUCACUCGCAGCAAAGCCAUGAAGGAAGUUAUUGACCUGAACGUCUCAUACGACACGAGCUUUGAGGAUCUGGAGCUGCUGCGUGUCGAGCUGGAGAAUUUUGUCCGCAACUCAGACAACUCUCGCGAUUUCAUGCCGGAUAUCGCCAUUGGCGUCGCUGGUGUCGGCGACUUGGACAAGCUGCAGCUUAAGAUCGCUAUCAAGCACAAAUCUAACUGGCACAACGAUGCCGUCCGCGCAACCCGCCGCUCCAAGUUCAUGUGCGCCCUGGCCAUGGCCCUCAAGAAGAUCCCAAUCUACGCUCCCGGAGGCGGUGCCGAAGCUCUUGGCGCUCCUGGCAACCCGUCCUACUCUGUGGCCGUGUCCGACCAGUUUGCCGCAUCCGCCCGUGACCAGGCCGCCAAAGAAAAGGAGGCGAAGCGCUUGGUACCCUCCCCUGCCGCCGAAGGUACCGACACGCAACCGGACUCCAACACCGAAAAGCAGGCCGUGCAGGAGCUGAACUUGCGCGACCCGCUGACCGAGGAGGAGUGGGGCUACCGAGUGGGCGACGAACAGACUCUGUCUGGAUCUAGGGACCGCCAGUCGGAGGACCGACGCCGCUCCAACGACAUCGACCGCGUCCGCAGUCAGCUUAUGAAGCGAGCCAGCACCAAGGGCGGCGGCGGCCGUCGCAAGCCCGGCGAAAGCAUUCCCAUGUCGACUAUCAACGACGGGAUGGGCUUGAACUUGGCGCAGACCACAUCACGAAGCCGCAUCUAUGAUGAGGAGGCUGGGACUGGCGUGCCAGACUCGUACAACUCGGCCUACUAUGGCACCCAAUCCCCGAGCUAUCCCAACUACGGACAGACACUGUCCCCUACCAUUUCUCCGCCCCAACAGACUUCCGGGCUCACGCCCCACCCCCUUCAGAGCGCGCCGUCCGGACAGCGUCCACGAGGACGCAGCGUCUCCAACAGCCAACAGCAGAAUGAGGCCGACCAGAGCGGUCAGAAGAAGUAGU